UCAGCGAAAAAGCGCAAUAAAGAGUAAAAAAAAUGUUGGAUCUUAUUUUUGUCUUAAGAAAUUUCCUUUUAUUGUUUUGAUUUCUCUCGGUUAAAAAGUGAUCAAUCGACUAAAUUCCACUGACUUAGCCAUCGCAUUGUGUUUGUGUACAAAAUGAAAAUGUCCAACUUUGCGCUGGACAUCAGAUGGUGGAUUUUCGGGAUAAUAACAUUCGGACAGAUCUUCAUCAGUGAUUGCGCGAAACAUAAAAAAACGUAUGGUCUCUUCACAAACGAAAAUAAUGACAAAGUGUCGGACAGAACAACACAUGAAUAUAACGAUCGAACGGUGGAUUGUCCGAGUCAGUGUUCAUGUUUGGGAGACCUAGCAGAUUGCAGUAAAAACGAUUUGGUGGAGAUACCGAACAUCCCGUCAUGGGCGAAGAAAUUGGAUUUGUCGCAGAACAAAUUGACCGACAUCGAUGUGGAACAGGAUGUACCGGAUCUGACGAAUAUUCGAAAUUUGAACUUGAACAAAAAUCGAUUGAUCAAAUUCCCGAUUCUACGCGGUUUAGAAUUGGACACACUGAAGAUGGAACAGAAUCGCAUUGAGUUCAUACCGCAUGAGGCACUGUUGGCAUUACCGCAACUAACGGUUUUGUAUCUGAAUAAAAAUGGAAUCAAAUCGAUUUUACCCAACACAUUUCCGUCGAGCAAUCGGUUGAAAUCACUGCAUCUGAACUACAACAGCAUCAGACACCUUCAGGAGUCGUCAUUCAAUUUGAAGGAUUUGCAGGAGCUGAAGUUGAAUCACAACAAACUCACAACACUGCCGUUGGGGGUAUUCAAGAACCUGCGACGGUUGAUGAGACUAGAGUUGAGCGGCAAUCAAUUGACUGACGUGCCGUACGGAAUGUUUCAAAAUUUGACCAGCCUGCGGGUGUUGAAGCUACGCAAUAACAACAUUUCGAAUUUGACAAUCGGCGCAUUCUUCGGACUCAAAAAUCUGGGAACGCUCGAGCUCGACGGAAAUCAAAUCACCAAACUGGAGAAGUCAGCCUUCUUCAAUUUGACCAAAUUGAAAACGCUCACACUGACCAACAACCGGAUCACUCACAUCGAACCGUACACGUUCGAGUUCUGUGCUCGUCUAAUCAGUUUGGAUCUGGGAUUCAACGAACUGUCGACCAUUUCGGCGACGACGUUCGAACCGUUGUCACACAUUCAACAUCUGUCGCUGAGCAACAAUCGAAUCACAUGGAUUGCCGAUGGAACCUUCAAUAUGCUGUCCACACUGGAAUCGUUGGACAUGAGCAACAAUCAAAUAUUUUUGAUUAUCGAAGAUGCGAAUGCACCGUUCAGUGCCCUGAAUCGGCUGGUGCGAUUCGAAUUGCAAGGCAAUCAAAUCAAGACCAUCCAUCACAACGUUUUCAACGAGCUGGACCGACUGUCGUAUUUGGAUUUGACGGGGAACAAUAUAUCCAGCAUACAGGUGGGAGCGUUCAGCAAGCUGACGAUGCUGAAGGACCUCUUCUUGAACACCACAAAUUUGUUCUGCGACUGUAAUCUGCGUUGGCUGCACCAGUUUCUGAUGAAUAGACAGUUCAAUGACGUGAAUGUUGUUUGUGGAUUUCCCACCGAACUGGCCGGCAAAACUUUUUCCACUUUGUCCGAGGAGCAGUUGAUCUGCAGUGAAUCACCAAAUCCGAGAAUUGUUGAAGAACCUGCGUCUACAUUGGCUAUAAGAGGCACGAACGUGACACUCAACUGUACUGCGAUCGCUGGUGCAUCCUCUGCAAUGAUAUUCAAGUGGAAACGAGACAAUUUUGAACUGAGCCCCCGCCAUAUUGUGACGGAAUCAACGCUACAGCCAUUGACCAACAACACUGUGGCCACGUCCAAAUUGAUUAUGACCGACAUAAGUCAGGAGAAUGCCGGCAAAUAUCAAUGCAUCGUGUCGAAUGUGUACGGAACAUCUUACUCGCAGAAAGUGAAAAUCGGUGUCGCUUCCUAUCCGGAAUUCCGUAAAAUCCCCAACAAUGUUACGCUGAAUUCCGGCAGUACGGUUCGACUGGAUUGUGCGGCCACGGCCGAUCCCAAGGCACAGAUUGCGUGGCAAAAGGAUGGUGGUCACGAUUUUCCAGCUGCCCGCGAACGCCGAAUGCAUGUCAUGCCCCAAGAUGAUGCCUUUUUCAUCGUAAAUGCCAAAAUAUCCGACCAAGGUGUGUACACAUGCACGGCCAGCAAUUCCGUUGGAACGAUCAAGGCGAAUGCAACACUCACAAUUCAGGAAUCGCCUUCGUUUGUGAAACCAAUGGAAAACAAAGAAGUGAACUGCGGCAAAACCGUCGUCAUUGAGUGUAUGGCGAGUGGAUCACCGAAGCCAGCGAUUGUGUGGCUGAAAGACGGUAAACCGAUUGAGGCGACCGAACGACAUUUCUUUGCGGCAGACGAUCAACUGCUGAUCAUCGUUGGCACAGAAAUAUCCGAUUCGGGUAGAUACACCUGCCAAAUGGAAAAUAAUCUCGGUCAGGACCAUGGUCACAUGCAAUUGAAGGUGAAACCGAUUGCUGCCACAAACGUUGUCAACAUCGACGAAAUGACGGGAAUCGUCAUCAUAACGAUUGUCUGUUGUGCCGUUGGUACGUCCAUCAUUUGGGUGGUGAUCAUUUAUCAAACGAAGAAAGGCGGCUUAUGUGCGAACAAAGGCAGUGCAACUAGUGUGCCAGAAACCGUCGAGAAUACAACCAGCACGGGCGCAUCGAUUGUCGUCCGACAAUUUCCGGUCUAUGUAAGUGUUAACGAUACAUCCAAGGGUUAUGGGGCGACAAGUCAUAGUUUCAACUAUGACGAUCUGGGCCAUGCCGCCGCUUAUAAUGGUCGGGGUUUAGGUGACGGUCCUCGUAAGGCCGAAGAAACCAGUGCGUUGAUUAAUCAGAAUCCGGUCAUUAGUCGUCGCAUCGUUCCGCAAACGAUGGGCGAAAAUUUUGAGACUGAUGAUUCGGAGGAGGAAAGUGUCUUUAAUCCGUCAUCGUUGAGCGAUGACCGGUCGGGCAAUACGGUUACGAACGAAAUGGCGUCGAUAGAUUCGUCUGCCGUGUUGAAACAUAGUGCAACCUAUCCCGAAAGAGAUCAACCGAACGGUAGUAUUGACAGCAUUCAUGGCAGUGAUGUUGUGGACAUUGCAAACGUGAACGAAACGGUUGUUGUGAUACAGAAACAACAGCCCGUCGUUCACACAUUCGUUGACUGUAACGGAGGCGUUUGAAUUUCGUUCGAUUUGUCGUCUUCGGUGCGACAACAUUGAAACCGUUUUGAUUUCAUCGCAAAACAAUUGCAAACUAAUGGAGUUCCUCAAGGAUAAAAUAUAUUUUUUAUUAAAUAGAACUGCGACCGGAUGAUGUGUAGUAGUAUAGUCUGUAGGGUCAAAUAAUUAAUUUUUUUCUAUUUUGUUUUCCGAGAAAGCAUUCAAUCGUUCUAUUCCGACAGCUAUUUUCAUUGUUUCUCUGGUUCAGUUGCAGUAUUAGUUUAGCGCAUAACCAAUAGGAUGUAAAAGUCGUGUAAAUAGUUUAAA